UGCGCCUACCGUGCGCCAUGGAUGAUACAUCGUGUCAUGAUUUGGUGGCUUUGCUUGUUGAGCAUCGCUCAGGUCACAGCUGCUCAAAGCACCACACGGGACUGGGGAGAAUCUUAUCGCCUGGCAGAGAAGACCCUGAAGAAACUCAGCAAAUGGCAGAAGUCCAAGCUGGUACGAGGCGUGGGUUGGCAAAGAUGGCAGUUGACACCUGGCUUCUAUGUGGGGACGAUCACAGGCACCAAAUCCGCCGGUCUCCCAUGGCUCAAGAUGCAAGAUAGUGGGAAUGGAUUCAGAGCCAUGCUGCAGCAGACCGUGGGUACUACCGUUGUGUGGCCCUGUCCUCUCGCUCUCGCCAGCACUUGGAGUGAUGAGGCAGUUCUGGCACAGGCCAGAGCCAUUGGUUCGGAAUUUCGAGGUAAGAGCGCCAAUGUGAUGCUGGGCCCUGGCUUAAACGUGCACAGGAUUGCGAGGGGCGGUCGCAAUUUCGAAUAUUUGCCUGGAGAGGACCCUUACCUUGGCGCCCGCCUGGCGCGGAGCUUCGUGGAAGGUGUGCAAUCGCAGGGCGUCAUGGCCGUUCUGAAACACUUUGGGUUCAACGAGCAAGAAACCCAUCGAGACGACGUCAACUCCGUGGUGGACGAUCGUACUGCGUGGGAACUCUACUACCAACCCUUUGAAGCUGCCAUCGAUGCCGGUGCAGGAGCCAUCAUGUGCUCCUACAACAAGGUGAACAACACCCCGGCCUGUGGCAAUCAUGAUCUCCUCACACGAGAUUUGAGGGAAAAAAUGAAGUUCAAAGGUUUCGUGAUGAGUGAUUGGGGGGCCACUCAUUCCACCGCACUGUCCGCUGGUCUGGAUAUGGAUAUGCCUGGCUUCGAUCGUUUCUACAGCUUUCAGGCCGUUUCAGCGGCGAAGGAGCGUACAUCGCUCAAUGACUCGGUGCGACGAAUUCUGGCCUCGAUGUAUCACUUACGCCUUGAUGAGGGGGAUGCCGGCUGCGUGCCACCCAUGUGCAUGCAUCAAUUGGCAGAGGAGCUGCGCACGCCCAAACAUGUGCAGCUGGCGCAAGACAUCGCGUCCAAGGCUGUGAUCAUGCUGAAGAACGAGCGGGAUGUACUUCCGUUGAAAAGCUCCAAAGUUCGAAAGUUGGGCAUCAUUGGUUCAGCAGCCGAUUCCUUAUACCAAGGUCUGUGGAAGAUUAUGAAAGGCUUACCUGAGGGGGACGUCUACUCGGGAGGCGGUUCGGGACACAUCCACGGCAGUAACCAUCACCUCACCACGGUGCUACAGGCGAUUGUGAACCGAGCAAAGAGCGAAGGUGUUGAAGUGCUCUCUGCCAAUACCACCUUCAGACACGAGAACACCAGGCCCUUGGGGAUGCUGAAAAUGGAGGCAGAUGUCUUGGUGGUGGUUUGUGGCCUGCUGACCAUCGAGUCGCACGACCGUCCCAACUUGUCGCUGCAUCCCGCAGAUGCACAUCUCAUCCACGAAGCCAGUCUCGCCAAGCCGACUAUCGUCUUAUUGAUGCUUCCGGGUGCAGUGCUGAUGCCCUUCAGAUUCCAGGUUUCUGGCAUCUUGCUGCAGUUCUAUGGUGGAGAGGCGUCUGGCCACGCCUUUGCUGCGGCACUCUUUGGGGAUGUGAAUCCCUCCGGGAAAUUGCCACUUCUGAUCCCAGAAAAUGUGGAGGACACCAUUCCUCCAAGCACGGGCCAUUGGGCGAUCUAUUCCGAGGGGAUCCUGACGUCCUACCGCAAUCAGACCCGCAAUCGUCGGGCGCGGCUGAGCGGGAUGGCGUGAGGUCAGGACGAAGAUAGGUGGGGUUACC